AUGCUCAAGGACGGCCACCUGGGCAUCCCCAGCACUGUGAUCCCCAGCCUAUCAAUCGUCGUAGGUCUCUUACUGGUGUUUCGAAAUUCAACAUCGUACGAGAGAUUCUGGCAGGGCACCCAGCAUCUGACGGCCAUCGAAACCUGCAUCCGCAACUUGUCGAGGACGUUCUUCACUUGCUCUUACAAAGCCAAUGGUCCACCAUUAACAGAAGCCGAAAGAGCCGACACAGAACGCACAGUCCGCAUCCUAUUGGCCAUGAUGUACGCUACCAAACACCACCUUCGAGCAGAAUGGGGCUCCACUAAUCUCCCCCUCCUGAUGCCCAACUCCGAAGUCGUGCGCCGCCGCCGCGAAAGCCACUCCAUGGCAAAACCAGAAUAUAGCGAGCUCCUACCUGCUGGUACUCGGGGUUUCGAAGACCAAGGUCUCGGUCUUCUACUCCAGCUUAGCAUACAAGUCGAAGCCUACAUUAAACGAGGACACGACAGAGGCUGGUUUCACGCACCACAGGCUAGUCAACUUACUGUCCAACUCAACGCCCUCGUCUCAGCUUAUGGAAGUCUAGAGACCAUCCAUCUCACGCCCUUACCGGUGGCGUACUUGAUCCAUAUGCGGCAAGUCUUGGCACUGUUCUGUUGUGUAGUACCUUUUGCGUUGGUUGGAGAGAUGGGGUGGUGGUCGAUCAUGCUUACGUCGUUCAUUGCGUUCACGUUAUAUGGUAUAGAAGCCAUCGGGGCUCAGGUGGAGGAUCCGUUUGGGCAGGAUAGGGCAGAUAUCAAGGUCGAUGCUAUUUGUGAGGAUCUGCGGGUAGAGACGAGUGUACUGCUACAGGAAUGGCAGAGAGGGAGUGACAUGUUUCCAAGAGAACUAUCGAGGUCGUAG